AUGUCCUGCCCAGGCAACUGCGUGUGUACUUCUAAGGGUGCUGUCAUGUGUGUCGGCCACACCAUCACAGAUAUACCAAAGCCACUGCCUGUUCAUACGUACCAGCUGCAGUUGAAUGAUACAAACAUGAACGUCAUAAACGAGCAGAGCUUGGCAAACUUGGACCUCCUGUUGCGUGUCAGCCUGACACACAGCCAUCUACACACCAUCCAUCCCAGGGCCUUCCACAUUGCUCCCCAGCUCAAGUCUGUAAAACUGUCAUCCAAUGAUCUCUCUACCCUUCCUGCUCGGGUUUUCAGUCCACUGACCACUCUGGAGGAGCUGCAUUUAAAUGGGAACCAGUUGGAGACCAUAGGUUUGGAUAUGUUUAAAGGGCUUGUCGAGUUGCUGAUUCUGGACCUGAGCUGGAACAAACUGAGUAGUCCUGCUUCAGAUGUUUUCAAUGGACUGACCAACCUCAACUUUCUGAACCUUGGCAGGAACUCCAUAAAGAAGCUUCCAUCUACCAUCUUUCGCUCUUUGACUAAACUUCGCCAACUCUUGAUGUAUAACAACGAGCUAGAGGUGCUAGAAGCUGGGAUUUUUGAUGGACUUGUAAACCUUGAGGAGCUAAAAAUACACCAUAACCAGAUUAAGAGCCUUCCACCUCAGGUGUUCUGGUCACUGAGGAACCUGAAGAUCCUCACCCUGUCCUCCAACCGACUUCAGGCUAUCCCAGAAAAGAGCUUCUACCACAUGCCCAAGCUGACCAAGCUUACUAUUUACAACAACCCGCUGUUAUCUCUACCGGACCAGCUAAUGGGUCAAAUGCCUGACAUGAGAGAAUUGUAUCUUUAUGGCACUAACCUCACCACUGUGCCUGGAAAUUUGUUCGCUAACAUGUCUGGACUCCUGAGUCUUAACUUCCAUUUAAAUGACAAGCUGAAUGAGUUGCCUUCAGACCUCUUCUGCUGCCUUCCCAACCUUGAGAAGCUCUCCUUGAAAUUCAAUGACCUCCGUUAUCUACACCCUCAGUUGUUCUCCAAACUAACCACACUGACCAUAUUGAUUCUUAAUAACAAUAAGCUUGAGAGCCUAGCAGAAAACAUCUUUCAGGGCCUUGGAGAGCUUUUCUCAAUUGAUUUGAAGAAUAACCACCUCAAGAAUCUCCCAGGAGAUAGUUUCUUGUCAAAUACACGUUUGAGGUCUCUUACUCUGAGUGGCAACCCCUGGGACUGUACUUGUAGUAUCACAGGUAUUGCAAAAUGGAUACGAUACAAUGAGCAUGUGGUUCUUGACAGAGAUGAUGCGCUAUGUCAUAGUCCAAAGUACCAACUGCUCCGUACCAUUGGCUCAUUGCGUGAAGAGGAGUUCAACUUUUGUGAUGCUACAACGGUCAACAGUUAUUUUCCUACACAGAGUGACUUGCAUGCGUCAGCGAAGCCAUUCCACACUAUUUCAACCAGCGGACAAACAUCGGUUGUAGCUUCAACAACCAUACCACCCACAGCAACAUCAACCACCACUCAAGGAGCUACCCAACAAGUCAUCAUCCUAACAACCACUCCAACUACAAAACCACCUGCCUUACACACCAAGAUCCUAUCAACAUCUCUCCAAACUCUCACCACCACCCCACCUGACGAAGAGUUCCUUCUCGCUACUGAGACUCCCUCAACAUUAUACAUGUCACCUCCAUUCUAUGACAAAUUGGUGAUUGAACAGGGGCCCGAGUUUGUUCACCACAACCUUCACAGGGGCUGGGUGUAUGUGUGGUUUCUGCCCUCGGACACGACCUUGGCUGGGCUCCUCAUGUUUAGCCACAUCCUCCUAGUGGCUGCAGGCUUGUUCCUUAUUGUUGCUGCCAUGUAUAGCAUGUAUCGCCUCAGCAAGACCAUGGAUGAGCUAAAGGCUGAGCAUGCGCAUAAUACAGGAUAACAAAACGUGUCAUCAGGCCUGGUGCACAAGAUGCCAAGUGGUGAAAGAUUCAAACUGCAUGAAGAGGCGACAUCACAGCUUAAAAACAUUGUUUACUCUGUAUCUUUUGAGUUAUCAGUCAAUUGAUUUCUGAAUAAAUUGUAUUAUGUG